CUUGCGUUACAGCUUUUCACGUCAGUCACCUAACUAGAUUGUUCCAUCAGACGGAAUUACCCGCAUCACUCAAUGAAAUACAAUUAUUGAUUACACUGCCUCCUCUCUCCGGCUGCCUCUCUCCUGCAAACACACUCUCUUCUUCCGAAGUGCUGCAUGCAGCCAGAGAGGACUGCAUCGGAAAAAAUAGAAAGCUUUGUCGUGCGCUGGCAGUUUCCCCCGAUCCUGCUCCUUAUAGGAAAAACAAAAAACCCUAGAAAGAUCUUCAAUAUUUCCCAGAAAGCGAAAACGGAGUGUGCUGCAAUGGGUUAUUUUCAGCUCAGUUCACUCUUCACGCCAUAAGGACGCCCGUCUGAUGAUUGUGAUUGCCGGAGACAUUGAGGGUUAUCUCCUGCGUUGACUCAAGAGUGCAUCAUCUUUAGAUCCUCUGAUACCACCAACUCUUCAUCCUCCUACAUUCAACCCUCUUUUGCUUCUCCCCUCCUGCUUCCACCUCUAACUCACCAGUAAAGGUCAACAUUUAGAGCCAGAAUGGAGGACACCUACAAUAACAGGACUACUCUGGUUAAAGGGGCCAAGGGCAUGGUCAAGGAGGCCAAGCGGCAUGCAGCAAAGAAAGUCAACAAGGCAGUUGACCGUGCUGCAGAUGAGUACUCAUCUCAUCGCAACUACACACGAUUCCAGGAUGAGGAGGAAGAAGAUGAGGACUUCUACCACAACCAGAAAGGGCACGAAGGAGAGAGAUACCGUGACAACGAGGAGGGCUCCAGCGAUGCCACAGAGGGCCAUGAUGACGAGGAUGAAAUCUAUGAGGGGGAGUAUCAGGGGAUCCCCUCAGUUGGAGACAAGAAGCAUAAGGAGGGCCAUGUGGCGCUGGGACAACCGAUGUCAGAUGCCAUGAAGGACCGCGGUGAGCUGGAGCAGGAGAGGGAGGCAGAUGAAGAGGAGCUGGCCCAGCAGUACGAGCUGAUCAUGCAGGAGUGCGGCCAUGGGAGGUUCCAGUGGCAGCUGUUCUUUGUACUGGGACUGGCGCUCAUGUCCGAUGGUGUGGAAGUGUUUGUGGUGGGAUUUGUCCUGCCCAGUGCAGAGACAGACAUGUGUAUACCAAACUCCAGCUCAGGAUGGCUAGGCAGCAUUGUUUACCUGGGAAUGAUGGUUGGAGCUUUCUUCUGGGGAGGGAUGUCUGACAAAGUGGGCCGGAGACAAUGCCUCCUCAUUUGCAUGUCCACCAAUGGCUUCUUUGCCUUCCUGUCAUCUUUUGUCCAGGGAUACGGACUGUUCCUUCUCUGCCGUGUAGUCGCUGGCUUUGGGAUCGGAGGUGCUGUGCCCAUUGUUUUCUCCUUCUUUGCAGAGGUGUUGUCCAGAGAGAAAAGAGGAGAGCACCUCAGCUGGUUGUGUAUGUUCUGGAUGAUUGGCGAGAUCUAUGCAUCCGCUAUGGCCUGGGCCAUUAUACCGCACUAUGGUUGGAGCUUCAGCAUGGGGUCAGCAUACCAGUUUCACAGCUGGAGGGUUUUUGUCGUGGUUUGUGCCCUGCCAUGUGUGUGUGCUGUGGUGGCUCUUACCUUCAUGCCAGAAAGCCCCAGAUACUACCUUGAGGUUGGGAAGCACGACGAGGGCUGGAUGAUCCUCAAGCAGAUCCACGACGCCAACAUGAGAGCACGUGGCCAGCCAGAGAAAGUCUUUACUGUAAACAGGAUAAAAAUCCCUAGACAGCUGGAUGAUUUGGUUGAAAUGGAAUCAGAAUCUGGAAACCCAGUUUCCAAAGUCUUCUUCAGGAUAAAAGCUGAAAUACAUGGGAUAUAUCUAAACCUCAUGAAGUGCUUCAAUUACCCUAUGAAGGAAAACAUGAUGCGACUGGCCACAGUGUGGUUCACGCUGUCGUUCGGGUAUUAUGGUCUGUCUGUUUGGUUCCCUGAUGUCAUCAAACACCUUCAGGCAGAUGAAUAUGCCUCCAAAGUGCAGAUCCACAUUAAUGAACGCAUUGAAGGCUUCACCUUUAACUUCACCCUGGAGAACCAGAUCCACAGAAAUGGCAUCUUUAUCCAUGACCAAUUCGUCAAUAUGAAGCUUAAGUCCGUCACCUUUAUUGACUCCACGUUUCGUAACUGUUACUUUGAUGAUGUGACGUCGGUGGGUUCGUUGUUUAAGAACUGCACAUUUAUUGAGACGUACUUCUUCAACACAGAUAUCGAUGAAUCUAAGCUGGUAGAGGGUACUGAGGUGAUCAACAGCACUUUCACCCACAACAAGACAGGCUGCCAGAUGACAUUUGAUGAUGACUACAGCGCCUACUGGCUUUACUUCAUUAACUUUCUGGGGACACUGGCUGUUCUUCCUGGCAACAUUGUGUCUGCUCUUCUGAUGGACAAAAUUGGGCGUUUGUCCAUGUUAGGUGGCUCCAUGAUCCUGUCUGGCAUCAGCUGUUUCUUCUUGUGGUUUGGCACCAGUGAGUCCAUGAUGAUCUUCAUGUUGUGCCUUUACAACGGUCUGAGCAUUUCUGCCUGGAACUCCCUCGAUGUGGUCACUACUGAGUCUUUCCCCACUGUCAGGAGAGGAGCAGGCUUCGGCUUCUGUAACGCCUUGUGCAAGCUUGCCGCCGUCCUGGGGAACAUGAUCUUUGGCUCACUUGUUGGCAUCACUAAGGCUGUCCCUAUCCUUAUGGCCUCUUCAGUGCUUGUUGGAGGAGGGCUAGUCGGACUUCGGUUGCCCGACACACGGGCAAAUGUCCUUAUGUAACACCAUCCUGAAGCCUGUCAACUUUGAUAAGUCCUGUGCGUUCUCAAGAAGGCCAAAAGAUCUUUUCAUUCGGAGUGCAAGUGGCUUGGUUUGUGCUGAAUAUGUUAUUUUUAAUAACAUUUCAUGAAUGAUGUCUUGACAAUGUAUUUGCAUUUAUUGCAUUAGAAAUCCUUAAUUUUAUUUGGAACUACUGUGGUAGACCAACACAAAGUGGAAUAUGUUAGUGAAGUAGAAGAAUAAGGAUACAUGGUUUUAGACAAUAUUUAGUACUAAAAAUCAGAAAAGUGUUGCCCCCCCCCGUCAAUAUUUUUAAAUUACAGUUGCAGUUGUUAUGGGAAAUGCCCCUACCAGCUUAGCAGAUCUAGAGACAGAAAUUGUUGCUGAGUAUUAUUUGCCAAACAGGUCAUUCUCAGUCAAAUUAGAUGGAGACUGUUUGAAAAGCACAUUUCAAGACUUGCCAGUGAGUAUUGAGAUCUGCACUUUGACUGGGCCAUUCAAACACAUAUUUUUGAAUGAUUUAAAUUAUUCCUUUGUAGCUCUUGCUUUAUGUUUAAGGUCAAUGUCCUGUUGGAAGGCGAACCUCCACCCAGUCUCUCUUUUGCAGCCUCUAACAGGGGUUUUCCCUACGUUUUCCCAGCAUUUAGUUCUAUCCAGCUUCUCAUCAGCUCUAAAACAGCUUGCCUGUCCAGUCAGAAGAAAAGCAUCCCCAGAGCAUGUUGCUGCCACCACCAUGUUUCAUGGUGGAGAUGGUAUGUUCAGGGGUUAGUUUGAUGCCCACUAAAUUUUUUGUAUGUAGGCCACAAAGUUCAAUUUUGGCCUCAUCUAACCAGAUUAUCUUCUUUUUAUGUUUGCUGUGUCCUCUGCAUGGCAUUAUGCAAACUGCAAAAAGGUAUUCUCAUGGCUUUUUUUUUUCCAACAAUGGCUUUCUGCUUGUUACUCUUGAUUAAAUCUUAAAGCUUAGGCUAUUGUUUUAGAACUCUGCUUCAAACUUCACAUCUUCAUCCGUGGCCUGUCUGCUGUGUUCCUUGGUCUUUUCUAAGGCCGAUGCAGAAAACCUGCAUUUAUACUGAGAUUAAAUUACACACAGGUGAACUCUGUUAACUAAUUAGCAUUGUCUACCGUCAAUUGACUGCACUGGAUUUUAUUUAGGGGUAUCAGAGUAAGGGGACUUAGUAUAAAUGCAUCUAAAACCCUCUAUAAUUUUGUCUUUUACUUCAUGAUUACGUGCUGCUUUGUGUUGAUCUAUUAUAAAAAAUCCCCAAAAAUACAUUGAAGUUUGUAAGGCAAAGCAAGUUCAUUUAUAUAACCCCAUUCAUAAAUAAGGCAAUCCAAUGUGCAUUGCUGUACAAAUGCAGGACAAAAAGCAAAUAACAGAAACGUGUUUUGCUCAAAAAUAGAGCUUGAUUUGCCAAACACUUGAAAGCACUGCAUAAAAGAAAAAAAUGUAAAAGGCAAACUUAAAUUCAAGUUUAAUUUUGAAUUUAAAUCUAAAUCCAGAACCAACACUUCAAUCACUUGGCAAUGAUUGAAAUUGGAAACAGUUCAUUAGUCAGAUUCAAUUACUAAAAUGCCUUUAGUCCUGAUUUAAAAGGACCAACAGUUUCUGCACAUCUCAGGUUUUUAGGGAGCUUGUUCCAGAUCUGAGGAGCAUAGAAACUAAAUGCCUCCCCUUAUAUAGUUCUGGUCAGUAGUUGUAAUGUGACAAAAUGUGAAAAGUUUCAAGGCAUAAGAACACUUUUGCAAGGUGCUCUAAAGCCUUUCAGUAUUAAAUCACAUCUUUGGGAGGAUUCAUAAACCCAGAUGAUGUUUUUAAGGUCAACAUUUGCUCAAGUUUUUUUUUUUUUACUACUGAUUACAGCCUCCAGCCCCAGUAACAACCUCCUGAUGGAAGCUCAAGGCUUUUAAUAUUGAUACAGUCUUAUUAAGACGGGCCAGAUGGGGAAAAAAGUCAUAAACAAGCUGUAAUGAGCACAACCAAGCUGCUGUGUGACAACACUGGGAGUUCAUGAUCAGACAGAGAGGACUCAUUGACAGCUGGCUCACCCAUAAGACCCACACUCCGAGCGCAGGGCAUUUGUGCAGAAAAUUGUUAUACAGAGAUCAACCGUGUUACAUGAAAAAACAUGAGAUAUUCACACACAUUUUUAGUAAUCUGUGAACCUGCGUUACGUAAAAUUUUGCUACAUGAUAUUUGGUCAGACUAGAUCAACUUUUGAGAGUGGAUAGUUGAUUUUGGAAACCAAGCCAUUUGCAUAAACUCAACCUUGAAAUGAAAAGGCUAUAGUAUAAAAUAUAUUUUCUUGUACCAUUAAAUGUAUGUAAUGUUAAAUAUGAGGAUGACACCUUUAUUCCCUGGUGUGUGACUGUGAAAGUUGAAAAGAUAAAUACUUGUUUUACUCCAGAUAUUGAUAUUUGCCAUGACCUUUAGGUUUGUUGUGUCACUGUAGAAAAGGCUCUAAUAGGAGCUUACUUUCUAAUUUAGGUUAUGUGUUGAAUUCUGAUUGUCCCUGAGACCUUUCCUGCCAUUUCCUUUUUUUUUUUUUUUUAAAUACUGAAUGGCCUUUUUAAGACGUGCCUCUCCUUGACAGGAGCAGUCUGCCCAUAGUCCUGCGCCAUCCUAAGGUUAUUGUAAACAGACAGAAGUAAAACCUGAGAGUAAUGAAUACACUAACUAUCAAGCUGCUUUCUGUAUCAGAUAUGUGGCCCAGAAUUUAAACAUUUGUUUAAUGAAAUGUUUUUUUAUAUUAUUAGUCACACUUAUUUCUAUUUUAUUUAUUUAUUUUAUCGGGUCAUUCUGUCUUAGAGAAUCUUAAAUUGCCUAUUUACAGUGACUUGGAAAAGUACUAACACUGUGAUAGACCAACACAAAGAAUUGCAUAAUUAUGAAGUGGAAAUAAAAUGGUACAUGACUUUCUUUUCUUUAUUUUAGUUGGUAGCACUGUUGCCUGGCAGCAAGAAGGUCUUGGGUUUGACUCCUGGUUCGACUUCAGCAGGGAGUUUGCAUGUUCUCCCCGUGCAUGCGUGGGUUCUCUCCGGGUAUUCUGGCAUCCUCCUAUAGUCCAAAAACAUCACUGUUAGGUUAGUCGAUCUCUCUCAGUUGCCCUUAGGUGUGAAUGAUUGUCCUGUUUGUCUUUGUGUUGCCCUGCGAUGGACUGGCGACCUAACCAGGGUGUACUCCGCCUCUCGCUUGUAGACUGCUGGAGAUAGGCACCAGCUCCCCCUCGACCCUGUAAGGAAGAAGCAGGUAUAGAAAAUUGAUGGAUGGAUGGAUGGUUGGAUAAAAGUGUGGGAUUCAUUCAUUCUUUCACAGGUUUUCUUCCCUGUACUUAGCUCCAUCCAUCUUGCCAUCAGCUCUGACUGGCUUUCAUUUCCCUGUUGAUGAAAAGCAUCUCCAAAGCAUGAUGCUGCCACCACAGAUUUUUACAAUGAUUUAGGAACUUUAUUGUCAUAUGCUCAAAAACGUCUGAGCAAUGAAAUUUCUACUCGACAAACUUCCUCCAAUUCCAUUACAAAAACAUCGUCACAAUGAGCGUGAUUUAUUCACAUUGUUUGUUUUCUGCCACAUUUUGUACUUUACACGUAUGUCAAAAUGUUACAUUAGAGUCCUAUUUGACAAGAGCAUCUUCUUCUACGUGUUUGUUGUGUCCCCUACAUGGCUUUUGAAAAUCUGCAGAGGGGAUUUCUUUUAACUGUUUUAGUUUUGAAUUCAGCAGAUACACUGUUUGUUCACUGAUGUUUUCUGAGGCCUUCACAUUUCGGCUGGAUUUAUACUGAGAUUAUGGGUGUUUAGUUUAAGUAAAUCGAACUUUGGUUCAUUUCCCUCCUUAGUCCAGUUUGUUUGUGGUGUAAAUGUGAUCUCACCUCAUUCCGACACAGCAGUUAGCUGUUUGCUGCAAGCUUGAGCCAAAGGCCUUUCUGUAGCCAGCCGUAAACCAACUAAUAAACAAAGGCUGCUCGUCUUUUUCUUACGCCUAAAGCCCCAUGCAACUUUCAGGACUUAUUCUCAAAAUUCAUUCUUUAUAUUUCUCAGGUCAUUUUGACUGAAAUAGUAUCCAGAAAAAAAUACUAAUAAGAUAAUUAUAUUUUCCAUGUUUUUGACCAUCCCAGAAAUAUGCUUCAUGUGUUUAUAUUUGGUACUCCUGACCAGGACACAUCUGAAUAAUAAACCGACUGUACAUUUUCUCUUACCUUUGUAGUAACAAUUUUUGGUUCGCUUGGAGAAUGUGUGAAAAAAAAAAAAACGAACCACCCGAAACUUAAAAGUUAAUCAACUUAUUUAAUUUGGACCAAAGUAUGUAAACUAUAGGUGUGAAAACACCCUAAAUCACACACAGUUGGAAUAAUUUAUUAGUAUUAGAGUUAAAGGUACUGAAUACAUAUGAAUGCUACACUUUCCGGAUUUUUAUUUGUAAAAGGGUUGGAAAAACUUUAUGAUUUUUCCUCCGCUUCACAAUUAUUCACCACUUGGUGUUGGUUUAUCACAUAAAACCUCAAAAAAUACAGGAAGGUUUGUGUUUGUGAUGUGGCAAAAUGUUAAAACGUUGAUAGGAUGAAUAUUUUUCAUCCUAUCAACACAAACACCAAAUACAUCCUAGGUUUAUGUGUAUGCUUGCAAUUUUAAAACAAAAGUUGUUUUAAAAUCACAAAAGUUGUUAGUUUAUUUAGUGUAGGUUGUGGUUGUAACGGUUUCCCAUGAUGUGCUUUUAAAAUGUGGGUAAUUUGUGAGACUCAUAUAUUAUUUUCCUCUGUUUGUCCAAUACAGAG